AUGGAAUCGUGUUUUAUUUCGGUCGGAUUGUUUUCGAUUUUUAAUAAUUUCUAGGGAAUGUUGUGUACAUGUCCCAGAUGUUCUUAAAAAGCUUGGACGAGAUCAGUUGCAUUUGCGAGGUAGCAGUGAUGGAACUAAAUCAGUGCCCACGUCGUAAGUAAACUGUAAAAAAUGAUGCAUUGUUGUGCUUCUGAAUAUGUUGGUGCUCGACUUAUGUCAAAUGGUAAGCGCUUUUUUUAAGAGCAUGCAAGAAAAAGUGAAAGUUGCGUUUAUUCGACAGACUAAUUUUGGCUCAUCCAUACUUGUCGUUGUUUCGUUUAUCGAUGAAGCACUGGUUUUCAAAAAUACAAAGAUUACGCUUAGACAUCAGCUCUGAUUACGCUUAGACAUCAGCUCGAUUGUAAUAUGUUUGCAAAUCUCGAUAUAAAAACGCGUGAUGAAGAUCAGUUGUCUUGCAUUUUCAUACCCAGAAUGAGCAUCCAUUCUGCUGUCGUGGCUUAUUUUGAUUGGCAACUACCCAUCAACAGACGACAGAAUAGGUCAGAGGCAUCUGAUACUAUAACUCAUGCGCAAGCAUGAAGUUCUUGCAACUUGAGCUUAUCGCACGGGCACAUAGAACGGAAAUCUAAGAUGGCAGAUCUACUUUGAGCUAUGCAUAGACAUUUUUGAGCCUCUC